AUGAAGAGCAGCUUGCAUAUACUUGGCAAGAUACGAAAUGUACAAGUAGAAAAGAAGAAGCAAGAUGAAGUCGUUGGUCCUUUUGUACCAAAAAAGAGACCAAUCAAAGGGAAUAUAAUAUACAAGCAUAAAAGAAAGCAAACUCUCAAAUGGAUUUCUAAAGGUGAAUCUUUAAGGAAGGAUGAACUCUUUAGGGGAAAGAAGAUCCCUAACAAGGGACAGAAUCUCAAAAAAAUGGACUUCUUAAGAAAAAACAUAAUUCUAGACGGGGGGAUAAAAUUUUUGAAUAAGCAUGGACUCCUUAGGGGAGGAUCUCAUACGUAG